GUCGGCGGGGGGCGUGGCCUCUGCCCCCCGGGCGAACAGCCAGCUGUUGCGAAGGAAGCAGCCGGACAUUGGACCGGACUCCCCGCUGCUGCCUGUCAGAUGAUGAGGUGACCUGACCACAGCCAUGGAGGACCUAUGCAGUGUGGCGGCGGCCAUUUUCCAGCUGUGGAUGUUUGUGGUGGUGUUCUUCAUCACGCUCCCCGCCAUGUUCGGCCUUUCUCUGGGCGUCACGGGACUCUACAUCCAGCUUCUGGUCCAAAUCCUGGAGUGGGCCACAGUCCGGAUCCAGAGGGGACGGCAGGACCAGCCCAGCCCAGCUGUUCCUCUGCAGACAGGGAUCAUAGAGCGAGCGGGGGGGUCAAUGGAGGAGCAGAUGGGGCCGCUCCGCUGCUCUCAGCCCUCUGCGACGGGGGAAUUCUGUCUGAGCGAUGCUAUGUAUUUCUGCAAGAAGGGUCUGGAGAGCAUUGUGGAUGACCAGGUGACGCAGCGGUUCUCCUCUGAGGAGCUGGCCUCCUGGAACCUCCUGACCCGCACCAACCAGAACUUCUACUACAUCAGCCUCCGCCUCACCAUCAUCUGGGGCCUGGGAGUCUUUGUGCGAUACUGCAUCCUCUUCCCCCUCAGGAUUGCUCUGGCUGCUAUCGGCCUCUCCUGGCUCGUUGUGGGAACAUCUGUGGUUGGAUUUCUGCCAGAGAGCAGAGCAAAGAACUGGCUGAGUGAGCUGGUCCACCUCACCUGCUACCGGAUCUGUGCCAGAGGACUCUCUGCUACCGUCCGCUACCACAACAAGUCCGUCCCAUUCUGGCUUCAGCCUGCAGCUCUUUGCUGCUCUUUUUAUUGGAUGCUACUUUCUAUUGAAAUUAUCCGCUCAACGUGUUCAACCUAGAGUUUAAAAGAUCAA